UAUGACGAAAAAGGAGACAACCUCAAGCAGCUCCUUUGCUACCUGUGUGUUUUCUCUGUGUGUGUCUGUCUCCUCAUGUACUCUCAGGCCACAUGAGACUUCCUUGACAAGCAGUGUAAACAAAUUCUUGGCUCAUUCAAACCAUGUGUUGCACGUAGCCUAGCAACGAGGCUGAAUGUUGCGCUUUUGCUCCCAGAGCGAGAUUUUCACUUCAGGUGAUGGUCUUUAGUUCUGCUGUACUGAAAAGAAAAUGUGUGUGUGCUUGUGCCUCUCCCCCUCCAGCCUACAGCAGCAUGCCACAUGAGGGCGAUGACAAGGUGGACCUGUGUGGCCGGGGGAGUUGGUGGCUGGGAACACUGAAAGUAGGUGUCACGCUGCUGUGUGAUUUCAGAGCCUGUCUACGGAGGAGGAGAGGCUGCUGCUCUGGCUUCUGUGCAGGCCCAAACAAGUGGCUCAUUAGGUCCUGUGUAGUAGAUAUUCAGUUAAUGGCUUUCAUUGCAUAGCACUAUCCUAUUGUCUCUGUCCAAAGUGUGCAGCCUGCCACUUUAUACUACAGUGAAUCCAGUCCCUUACAGAGCAUUCAUGGACACACCCAUUCCAGGUGUCUAUCACGUUCGUGACUUCAUCGAAGAAGCUGAACUGAACCCGGUGAGGAAGACCUAUGGUUUCAAAGGUGUGGGGAGAAAAGCCCACACUCAGGGUGUACGUAAGGGAGAUUUGCUUCUACCUGGGGCGUAUGACUACACUGACUCUAUCCAAGAGCUCCUGAAGCACCGGGCAUCCUACUCUUUCAAAAACUGUCCACGGCCCGACAUCAUCACCCUGGGCAUCAGGGACAAGCAUAUAAACACUUCACCGUGCGACUACGAUGUGACAGCGAAACCAGUGGAGAAGAUUCCCUGCAAGCAUGUGAUGUUUCGGUCGAGCGUGCAGCGGAUCAGCUUUCCUCCUAAGCAAGGACCUGCUCCAUGCCACUAUAACCCACAGACAAGACCAGGAAAAGGCAUCACUUCCUGCUUCAAAUCCACGUUGCCACGGCUCCACUGUGUGCACUCCAAGACCCCAGGACCAGGGGCCUACGAACCUUGCUGGAAGUUGGGCGACCGUCUGAACACAGAAGCUAUAGACCCAUCAUUCAGCCUCUUCUUCCGCAACAUUCUCUAGUGUGGACUUUAAUUCCGGCUAUGUCUUGAUCCCACCAUCACCUCCUCAUCCUGUCAGCUUGGUGGCAGACCACACAUGAUGGCUGUUUAUGUAAUAACAGUAAAAUAAGGAAUGCACAAAAGAAAGCAAUAUUCCAGUCUCUUAUUACUUGGACCAAUGUACUAUAUCUGCAUGUCAGUGAGGGAUUUUGUGGCCUGCC